UCGACGCGAUUAUCCGGCGACGUAGGACGACAGAUAGGAAUGCGCUCGACGGGCGCUUAUCGCGAUCCGACACCCGCUCCGCCUUCCUAGCUCCGUUGUGGACGCCGACUUAACGAGUCGCUCUGGCAUCCAGGCAUUUCGAUCCCGUGGCCGUCCAUCCGAGAGUUGGCACACUCGCUCCGUUCCCAUCCUCGAUCGCCUCUCGCCGCCAGUAUCUACCUGUUGCUCAAGCAGCGAAGGCUGCUCGUCGCUCAGCCUAUGUCUAUCUACCUGACGACUGAGACCAACUCGUGGCGAUGUCGCGCGUCUUUCCUUCUCUCUUUUUACCCGUGCGGCACAUCUUCGAACGGUGGAACACGUUCCAACUAUCGAUCGAUAAUUGACGAACGAUAGGAAAACAGCGACUCUUACUUAUCUCCCUUAUCACGCGUAUCGGUGUGACGUGUGCGCAAGGGCGAGGAAUUCGAACACGCAUUCACUGCCCACGCGAUUUAGGUACCUUUAUUUAGGUACUUACAUCGAGAGAGAUACUUUUCGACAGUGGUUCAAAUAUAAUUUUGAGACAUUAAUUCUGCCGUUUAUUUUACUCUAUGUGAUUCGCAAUAUCUUGUGCUGGAUUUAAUUGUGUUACGAGGCUGAAAACUCCUAAUGUAUGCUCCUUGUUUCGCGAAGAGCGUAAGAUCCUGGCAUUACUCAUGAUGUCACGUGAACGUGACGGUACAAUCGUUACGGAGAAACGGAUUUUCUCGAAGAGCGACCGCUUUGUGUAUUCCGGUUCAGGCGUGUCGCGCGGAAAUUAACGGAAGUUCACGCGAAUGGGACGAUUGACGAUCGUUUCAACGAUUUGCUACGAGUGAUCAACGCAGAAACGAACGGAUUAAAACGAGGCGGUGCGUGACCGGCCGGGUGAUGAAACGAUAAGGCCAUUAACGGUCCAAGGGUGAAAGUGAAACAGGAGCACCAGUACGGAUUUAGUUCCGCAACUGUUGGGCAUGUUUGACGAGUUGGCGCGUCGCAGCAAUGGUUACGAAGGCGAUCGCGUGGUCCUAUCAUCGUCCUGCGGCAUAUCCGCAGUCCUGCAGAAGCGUCUGAGCAUGGUACCGGUUGCCCAUCGUAGCUCCGUGUUCGGUCAGCUCUGCACAAACGGCGAUUUGGCCAAGCCUGUACACCAGGACAUGCCGAAGAGUAAGGAACUGGAAGGCGAGUACGACGACGAGGUCGUUACGGAUGCCAUCAAUAAUACCAUGUUGGAGACAGUCAUCCCAGCAAUGGCGUUGGAGCACGAGGGAAACGGGGAAACCACUGGCAAGUCGAUAUAUGAGAGGCGGGAGACCAACGGUCUCACCACUCCGCUCAGGUACAAUAAGCGACGCAGGAACGGCGGCAGACCUCUCUCGGGAAGUUCUAUCGCGUCGAGCACGUCUUCCAGUAGCUGUAGCAAUCAGGGCAACACCUGCGCUACCAAUCCCUACUUGGCAUCCGUUGAAUCUCUCGCUGAUACUUGCGCCAGCUCCCAGGGUUCCGCGGACAGUGGAGUCGUGACGGUUUCAGAAGCUAGCUGUCGGGUCUUGAACGACGACAACGGACAAAGAAGGGACAGCGCUGAAGAGGACCCUCUAUGCCGUAGGCCACGCUACUGCGAUCCGCAUCGUAAUCCCGUCGAGAGGGUGCUCCUUGAAAUCGUGGACACGGAGGCGAUAUAUGUCGAGCAUUUGCGUCAAGUUAUUCAAGGCUAUCUCAUAUUCUGGAGAGACAAUCCACCGUCGUUCGCACGUCGAUUGCACCUCGGCGAUCUGUUUAGCAAUAUCGAGGAUAUCUUCGAGUUUAAUAGAGAAUUUCUGUGGGAGAUAGAGAAAUGCGGUCUCGAUCCCGUUUGCGUUGCGAAUACAUUCAUUAAGCAUAAUUCGGGAUUCAAAGUGUAUACCGAGUACUGCACCAAUUAUCCAAGGACGGUCUCAGUGCUGACCGAUUUAAUGAGCCGGGAGGAAAUCGCGUCCUCCUUCCGCGAACGACAAACGGCCCUGAGGCACGCGCUGCCGCUCGGAUCCUUCCUUUUGAAGCCUGUCCAAAGGAUCCUUAAAUAUCACUUGCUCCUGGAGAAUUUAUCAAAGGAGUAUGGCGCCGAUUGUGAUUUGAGAGAAAAUGAGGCUGAAGGUACAAGUGCCAUCGAGGCUGCGCUUGCCGCGAUGACUGGCAUUGCACAACACAUUAAUGCUAUGAAGAGACGACAUGAGCACGCCGUACGCGUUCAAGAAAUUCAAUCGCUUCUGUACGGUUGGAUGGGACCAGACCUAACUACAAGCGGCGAAUUGAUCGCAGAGGGUCGAUUUAGGAUGCGAGGAGCCAAGGCUCCGAGGCACGCCUUCCUCUUUGAUCGAAUGCUUCUUCUAACGAAGAAGAAGGAGGAUGGCCUUCUUGUCUACAAAGCUCAUAUUAUGUGUUCAAAUCUAAUGCUAAUUGAAAGUAUCCCAGGAGAGCCACUUAGCUUUCACGUAAUACCUUUUGAUAAUCCUCGGUUGCAGUACACAUUACAAGCACGUAAUUUAGAACAAAAAAGAGAAUGGACCUUACAAAUAAAGAGAGUGAUAUUAGAGAAUUAUAAUGCGGUUAUACCGUCGCAUGCGAGACAAUUAGUGUUACAAUUGGGUCAAACGCAACAAGAAGAUGACGCGUUGACAGAUAGAGGCUCGGCAAAGAAACACUCUGCCCCUCCGGAAUAUUUGGAAAAACGCAAACAGGAAAAGGAGAGACGUAGAUCUGAAACUAGUCUGAGACAAAAGUUUAAGAAGGGCGGCAGGAAAUCUGAUACUACAAUGGAGGAUUCACCUGCAUCGUCCUGCAAAAAUGACAAUGAGGACGUUAAUGACUCCAGGGAGCCAACUUUUAACAGGUCUUCGGAUAUACGCGCUUCAAAAGUUAAGGAUCGAUUUACCGGUUGGAGACGAAAAUCCGAGCCAGGCUUCCAGUCGUACGUGUGUCUUAACCAUUCGGACGAGGAGCAAAAGGAAGCUACUGCUAAUGAUGUUCAAUCUACUAUGAUCGAGACUGAAGAAGCAGCCGAGAUUCAUAACUCUAACGAGGAGAAUCAAAUGGCAACGUUGACUUCUUCGCCACCGGUCGAAGCCAAAGACAAUAACGAACAACAAGCUAAUCCAACGCAAACGGUGGAAGAGAUUGUCAGUCACAUUCUCAUGCAGAAUCAAGAAUUUCAAAAACUGCUGGAGAAACAGCGGACCAACAGCAUUAUCAACGUGCGACAACAGCGCUUCAACAAACGUAUCUCAGCAGACACGUCGGAUGAAAGUGAUUCGGAGAACGCUAAUUAUCUCACCAGCUCGACCAGCCACAACAAUAAUAACAAUAAUAGAUUGGGACGUGCUCGAGCGAUACAUCGGGAGCAGCGACUGAACAGGACGAACAACGCGUGGAAUUUAUUAUCCUCGGCACCGGCUCGGGAGAACCAACAACCGCUGCAACUCCUUUAUGAUAACUUAAAGACUACUCACAGUCAGAAAUCGACGGAAACGAUCGCGCAUAACGGUAAGACGAAUCAGUUGCACGAGAAGCGAGCUCUUUUCGAAGCGUUCAAACGACAGAGCAUCGUCACCGACAGCAAGGUAAUCAAGACGGCGCUGCGUAUCCGCGAGAAUUCAACGUCGACUGACAACGAGGAAACCAUUGCAUCUCCGGCAGCGUUAAAUCAUCGGGCAGUAGAGCAAAAGGAGAUCAAUUCUAUCAAUUCUGUAAAGACAGAAUGGAUCGAAAAGGAUGGAUCGAAAGAAUGUAACGACGACGAGAGAAGUGACGCGAAUAUUGCCGAAGAUGCUGAGUCCAAGGGCUUCGGCAACUAUGAUAAUCUGCAGCACGUUUGGGAAGGACUGCAGACAGUGAAGGGCGAUGUCGACGGCAACGAUAGUCCCACACGGCCUGCCGUUUGGCUUACCAAGCUGUGCGAAGAUCUGCCCACUUCCCCGCCUAAAUGUGGUUCACUGCCGCGCAGCUUCCAAAUCAGUCCAAACUCCCAACCGACGUGCGUGACCAAGUCGCGCUUCUUGCAACGAGACGGUAAGCCGAUGAGCGAGCGGCCGUUCACGAUCGCGUCCGACAAACCGGCGGAGAUCAAUUUAGAGGACAUGGAGAGGUAUGCAUCGUCGUGUCAGCCGGAAGGUAGAAUUGCCAAGUUUCCAAUGCCCACCGUCUCGACAAGUUCCAGCACGUCAACUUUCUUCUGCUCGUUGGAGGACACACGAUUGACUGACGACACUUACUCCGACGUGCGAUCCAUAUCUGCUAGUGACAGUGCGAAUAUUCAUCCAGAUCACAAGAUCUAUCGAGCGAACGGCAGUGGCAGCACGAUUUUCCGGAAUGUCUUCAAGGCGGGCAGUCGUUUGCAGGGCCGUCUGAGAAAUACCAUGAGCACGGAGACGCUUGAAUGCAACGACGAGGUCGAGCGGACACGCUACUUCCGCUCGCUGAGCUCCGGAGGCAAGUAUCCAAAGAGGCGAACGAAGCAAACGAAACAGCACGCGAAAGAACCACCGUCCUCGGACGUGGAGGAGCUGACAGGUUACUCGAAUAAUCAACGGGUACCUCAACUCUACUACAAGCAAGGCAGUUCCAGUCUGGGUGCUAGAAUUGCUCAGUCGGAUUAUGCCGACCCGAGGAUUCUGUUCGAGAGCAAACGCGCGCACUCCUCCUCCGUUGACAUUAAUCAGUCCGAGAAUAUUGCCGAGUCGGGGAAGAGGAGAGACUGCGAAGAAGAGACAGAUAGCAACAGAGACACAGAGCGUCACGAGAGCGAAACGGAUAGCUUCUAUGAGAGGAGCUUUGAGACUAUCGAAAAUUACGCGGACGCUGAUGUGGACGAGGCGUUUCGGGACAGUGCAAUAUUCAGCGAUGUCGAUGAGGUAAUCGUGAUACGACAGUCGACGCCGGCGACGACAACGAGGACGAGGACGACGAUGAUGACAACAGCAACGCCGACUGCGAAGACCAAAAUUGCACCGCCGGUACCUGCUAGAAAGAAACAAGACAUCUCGUCGACCAAGUACAAGCCAAGCGUUGCGCAGAAGCCGGAUUACUUGAAAAUAAAGUCGCUUUUGGCAAGGGGACACGUUACUAGUAAUUCGGAGACCAGGGUUACCGCGAGAUUGGUGAAUGUGACACAUCAGGAUGGUUCAUCGAAUGAUUGUAAUCGGAAUAUCGAGGUGGAUAGAGACGAUGUUUCUGCAGGACAAAGCCAAACUGGUUGGGUACGGAAGAUAGUAGGUCAAUUGCAAGGCCAUAUCGAGACGUGAUCUGUAUUUGUGAAUGUCCUACGGGGUUAAGAUUACGUGUCAAAAGUCAAUAGAAAUCUCGAGUCAUAAUCGGCGUAAAUCGUGUGGAUAAAAGUGAAGCAAAUAUUCUUGUCAAAACUAGAGAAGCACAAUGUAUUUUGAAUAAAUUUUUUAAUCAUAAAUGUUAUACAAAAGUUAGUAUGCAAAUGAUGACUCUGGCUUGCUUUUGAAUCAUCUCGUAAUAAUGUAAGAAUAAUAGCUAGGAAAUUUCUAUUUCUAUUUUUAUAUCGCAAAGAAAUUUUGUAACGAUUGAAAAUAAAAAAUAGAAAUAAUUUGACUGAAAAACGUAUACAUUAUAGAAAAAAGUUAUUUUAGCUAAAACAAAUUAAGAAAGAAUAAUUUAUUCAAUAUAUACUAUCAAGAGUUAUUCUUUGAUAAAAUAUAAAUAAAAAUAAUCCUUUAAUAUCUCUAUUUUGAUAUUCUAAUAUUUUUUUGCAUCGAUAAAUGAAAGUAAAAACGUUUGCUUCGCUUUGUUCAUAUUAUCAUUGUGCCGUCAUGUUGGAAAGCUAAUUGGAGUCCUAUUUUAAUGUUUUUCACAUGUGCCUGAAGAAUAACUUUGACAUAACGUGAUACCACUAUUUUAUAAUAAAUUCAUAUUUUAAUGUAUAGAUGCGUGCAUAGAUAAGAAAGGCGCAUCCACGUUCACGUUUAUGUUAUUGUCAUAGGAACAUAAAAAAAUUAAUAUUCACCUAUAGACUGUUGUAUAUUAAGUAUUGUUUGAUAUUACUUAUAUGUUAUAUAAAAAAAGGAACAGUUUUUAAUUAAACGAAGCAUUUAUAAAGCCAUUUAAUGUUGUAUUUGAUUGAAAAAGUCAUCAAUUAAACAAUAGUUGAAGAGAGAAUUUAAAAAUGAAAGUGUUUUUGUAUCAUCCAAACGAGUUUUAUUUUCAACUAUUUUCUAUUAUUAUCUUCCGAUGUAAUUGUGACUACUUACGUUGUCAUAUUAAUUCGAUACUUAAAACAUUGACAAUAAAAGAAUGUAUUUAAAAUA